AAAUCCUGUGCCAUGUCCCGCUCUCUAGCCAUCCAGGAGAGCCUGCUCUCCGACCACCUCGAGUCGCUGCAGAGGCGGUCGACCCUCGAGACGGGCCUGCUGCUGGCCCACGUCGGCGCCCAGGCCGACGCCGUGCUUCACUUUGUGCCGACGCCGAGCCAGGACGACGGCGCGCCGCAGGUCGACGCGUCGUGGAUGGUCACGCACGCCGAGGCAGUGUCGCACAUGCUCCCGGGCGGGAUCGCGGUCGUCGGCGCGUACCUCUUCUCGCCGAGCGGCGCCUUUGCCUCGCACGAGGCCAAGCUGCGGCCCGUGCUCGCGGCGGCGCUCAAGCGGCUCCGCGAGGCGGACGGCACGCAGUCGCUGCUGAUGCUCCUGCCGAGCGACGCGCGCAAAGCGACCGCGCGCGCCCUCGUCGCCGGCUCGGCCUCGCUCAAGCCGAUCGAGCUCAAGACGACGAUCUCGCCGCCGCGGCUCAUCUGCCUCGAGGCGGCGUGGGUGGUGCAGGCGCAGCUGCGGCUGCUGCCUCCGGGCGCGGGCGGGCCGCCGCAGCUGGCGCAGCUCAAGAUGCAGCUCGCGCCCGUGCUCCGCUGCCUCGACGCCACCACGGCGACGGUCGACGGCUCGUGCUGGCCCGCGGGCGCGCUCUGCUCGCAGCUCGCCCAGGGCGGCGCGCCGCACUCUGUCCGCCUGUUUGGCGCCUUCCGUGCCGCAGAGGCGGCGGCGGGCGAGGGCGGCGCGGAGGGCGGCGAGGACGACUUUUUGGGCGAGGCGGCUCCGCGCGGGCCGGCCGCGACGGUGCGGCUGCGAGGCGUCGUGCGCGGGCGCGCGUUUGCGGCGCCAAAGGAGGCGGUGGAGGAGGGGGUGCGGCGUCUGAGGCGCGACCUCGCCUGCUCGCUCGAGCGGCGCGUGGCGCUGCUGCUCGAGGACCUGGCCGAGGAGGAGGAGGAGGAGGGCGGAGGCGUGGACCCGCGCGACCCGCUGCCGACGGCCGUGCCGGGGGCGUGGGCGCUGCCUCGGCGUGCGCACUUUGCGGUGGGCGGCGGGCUGUCUCUGUGCGACUACGUGGCUGAGGGAGACGACGCGGCGGACUUUGCCGAGCGAGUGCGCGAGAUCGUCGGGCCGAGUCUGGCGGCGGGGCUGGACGGGCUGGGCGACGGGGUGGGCGAGGGGACGCUCGAGGCGCUGCUCGCCCCCGAGGCGGCCGCACAUCUCGAGACAGAGCCGGCGCCAGAGCGCGGGGAAGGAGCAGCACUUGCCGCCGCGCCUGCAAAGCCCCCCGCCAACCCGCCGCCUCGUCAGAGCAGCAGCUUGCCCCUCUUCGCCGCCGCCGCCGCCGCCGCGCUGGCCGUGGUCGUGGCGCUCGUUUCGCUGCUGUUUACCUCGCCGCCGCUGGACACUGCCGAGGCGCAGGCGGAGGCGGCGGCCGACGCCGUGGCCGACGCGGCUGGAUCUGAUGGGCCGUAGAUGCCGUGCUCAUGAGCAUAUGGCCGCACUCCGGACGGAGCGAGAAUGAUGCCAGGGUGUCAGCUGUCCUGCCGAUGGCGCCCACUCUGAUGGGGCUCUCUGGGUUAGACGGACGCGCAGCAAAAAGAGCCGUAUCGGUAUUAAUGUGUACGGUCGGCCCUGUGAGCCCCCGGCCUCUCCCGCCGCGGGCGCGCUGGGUUGGUGUGGGUGACCCUAGAACGUAGAAGCCCUAUGCUGAAGCUCGACCCCC